AUGGAAAGUUUUAGAGCCCACCUGGGGUUCGAAGGCUGUUUUGUAGUUGAGGUUCGUGGUCACAGUGGAGGGUUGGCUUUACUUUGGAAAGAUGUUCAAGAGUUGGAAAUUCAAGGUUUCUCGCGCAAUCAUAUUGAUGCUUCGGUUCAGAUUACGGGGUUUUCUCCUUGGAGGUUUACAGGCGUCUACGGGGAGCCAAAACGAGAGUUGAGACAUUUAACAUGGAAUCUCCUCCGCUCCAUCAAAAACAAUAGUAGCCUUCCUUGGUGUCUUAUGGGAGAUAUGAAUAAUUUGGGCUCUCAAACAGAGAAGAGAGGGGGUAGAAAGUAUCCUGACCGUUUGAUCGAAGGCUUCAACAAAGCUUUGGGAGAUUGCAACUUGACUGAGUUGCCUCUCGUUGGUUAUCCGUUUACUUGGGAAAAAGGGAGAAAUAACAUUGACUGGAUCGAGGAAAGGCUGGAUAAAACACUGGUUACGAGCGAAUGGUUGUCAUUGUUCUCUCAGCCGAUUUUCUAUAACUUGGAGUUCUCAACCUCAGACCACUGUCCUAUACUUCUGGUUUUCAAAGGUAUCUUUCCUUCAACCAAUCAUCAUUCUUUUCGUUUUGAGAACGCGUGGAUUCGCGAACCUUUAUGCAAACAAAUUAUAGAGGGCUGCUGGUUGAAUUCGGGACUCACGGAUAUUCAAGAUAAAAUUACAAAGUGUGGGGAUGCUCUUGGGAAGUGGGGUCGCGAAAUAACUGGAAACUUCCGUCAUCGAAUUAAUCAAUGUAAAAGCCAAAUCCGAAACACAAAAUGGGGUCGUGAUCCAAUGUCUAUUCAACAACACAAGGAAGGUAAAGAUAAGCUUGCUGAAGUUUUGGCUCAACGAGAGGUUUUUUGGAAGCAAAGAUCGAAACAGUUUUGGUUAAACUCCGGCGAUAAAAAUAGUAAAUACUUUCAUUCUGUUGCAAGCUCUAGGAAGAGAAAUAAUAGUAUUACUCAGCUCCAAGACAACAACGGCGUUUGGGUAAACUGGGAAUCGGGCCUUCAAAGUGUUAUCACAAGCUACUUUCAUGAUUUGUUUCGUUCUUCGGGUAUCAAUUUGGGCUCGGUUUUGAAUGGUAUCCGCCCAUCUAUAUCCAGAGAACAGAAUGAUGAGUUACUUAUUCCCAUCUCGGAGGAUGAAGUUAGGAGAGCGCUCUUCCAAAUGCACCCGGAUAAGUCACCUGGGCCAGAUGGUAUGACCCCGGCAUUCUAUCAAAAACAUUGGAGCAUUGUUGGGGCUGAUGUUGUCCACUUUGUUCGGAAUUUUUUUGAGUCAGGUAACUUCCCAAAUUCAAUUAACAAUACUCACAUUGUCUUAAUUCCGAAGAAGAAAAAUCCUACUCAAGUGAGUGAUAUGAGACCUAUUUCCCUUUGCAAUGUGCUUUACAAAAUUGCAUCGAAGGUGGUGGCCAACAGAAUGAAGAACGUGUUGAACAACGCCAUCUCUGAAACUCAAAGUGCAUUUGUUUCGGGUAGACUAAUUUCUGAUAACGUCAUGGUGGCUUUUGAAGCUAUGCACUAUUUGAAAAGGAAGACUAAUGGAAGGAAGGGUUACAUGGCUCUUAAGCUCGAUAUGAGUAAGGCAUACGACCGAGUUGAGUGGGGCUUUUUGGAAUCUAUUCUUCGGAUCAUGGGUUUUCAUGAGCGGUGGAUUAGACUGGUUCUUAGUUGUGUUAAUUCGGUCCAAUACCAUGUUAUUAAUAGUGGUCAGAGAAUGGGGCCGAUCAUCCCAACUAGAGGCAUCCGUCAAGGAUGCCCGCUAUCACCAUACUUGUUCAUCAUUUGUGCGGAAGGUUUCUCUUCUUUGAUCAAACAUUUCGAGGCAAGUAGAUACAUCACUGGUUGUAAAGUCGCAAGGAGUGCCCCUACUAUUUCCCAUCUUCUGUUUGCGGACGACAGCUAUGUCUAUUGUCAAGCCUCGAAAACCGAAGCAAGGCAGGUUCUUUCUCUCCUUCGGUUGUUUGAAGAAGCAUCAGGCCAAAAGGUAAAUCUCCACAAGUCCUCUGCCUUUUUUAGCUCCAAUACUAGAGCGGACACUAGGAACCGUAUAUGUAACUUGAUGCGGAUCCAAGAAGCAGGAGAAGACAACAUGUAUUUGGGACUUCCAAGUAUAGUGGGUCGCAAGAAGAACGCUGUGUUGGGGUUCCUUAAAGAAAGAAUGAAGAAGAGAAUCAACAGUUGGGAGGGUAGAUUUCUAUCCCGAGCUGGGAAAGAGGUGCUAAUCAAGAGUGUGGUUCAAUCUCUCCCCUCAUAUGCUAUGAAUGUCUUUCUCUUUCCCAUUGGUACUUGCACUGAAAUUGAAAGAAUGAUGGCCAGCUUUUGGUGGAAGUCGAAUAAUGCCAACAGUAAUGGGAGCGGAAUUACUUGGAUGAGUUGGGAUAGAAUGACCAAGCACAAAUUCGAUGGCGGUAUGGGUUUUCGUAGCUUGAGGGACUUCAAUUUAGCCAUGCUUGGUAAACAAGGUUGGCGUCUUCUUUUUAAUGUUGAGUCCUUAGCUAGCAAAGUCUUUAAAGCUAGAUAUUACCCACAUGGUGACUACCUAAACUCGGAGCUUGGCUCGAAUCCGAGCUUUAUAUGGAGCAGUAUUUUUGCUGCAAAAGAUACAGUUAAACUUGGCUUGAGGAAAAGAAUAGGGUCUGGUGUUUCUGUACAAAUAACAUCUGAUCCUUGGCUUCCUGUUCUUGAAAACCCGAUACCAAUACCUGUGAUGGAUGGCCUUGAAAACUUUACUGUUAGUAGCCUCUUUGAAGCAAAUAAUAGAAGAUGGGAUGAGGACAUUGUGAAAGAUUUGUUUUCUUCUGAAACUGCAGCUAUCAUUCUCGGCAUUCCUCUAAAUCAAGCUGGUGGUUUUGAUUCCUGGUAUUGGAUAGCAGAAAAGAAUGGGUUCUAUUCGGUUCGAAGUGCAUAUAAUUUGCGUCAAAAACUUAAACUCCAUUCUGACGGGGCUGAAGCUAAUGUUUUCUGGAAAAGAUUAUGGGCUCUUAAGGUUCCUCCUAAGGCCAAGGAUCUAGUGUGGAGAGCGGCUUCCAAUUGUCUCGCCACCAAAAAGAACUUGUGCAUAAAAAAGGUCUUAACCGAUAGCUCGUGCCCUUUGUGUGGAGUUUUUUCUGAAUCCGAAUGGCACGUUUUGGUCUCCUGCAACUUUGCUUGGUCUUGUUUUUGCUUUGCUGGUCUUGCGGCUGUGGAGAGGGACUCAUUCUCUUCACUUCUGAUGUGGUUGGAAGCUACUGCUAACCGUGUUAGUACUGAGGAUUUAAGCAAAGUGGUGAUGCUAUGUUGGGCCAUUUGGGCUGCGAGAAACGAUCUGGUUUGGCAGCAGCGUGCGAGAAGUGUGAGUUCUGUGGUGUCUUUCGCUACAUCGAGUCUUGAUCGUUGGUUGAAUGCUCAAGGAAAAGGAAAUAUUCCCUUGUUGUCUCCUCUCAAAGAUGGAGAUGGUUCAGAGCGGUGGAUUAAACCGAUUUCAGGAAUCAAACUUAAUGUAGAUGCAGCCCUCUUUGCUCCUCUCCACAAACACGGCUAUGGCUGUGUGAUUAGGAACCCCGCUGGUGAGCUGAUAUCGUCCUUUGCAGGGGUGAAAAAUGGCUCUGUGGCCCCUGAACUGGCUGAGAUAAUCGGCAUCCGGGAAGCCUUGAGUUGGCUCAAGAACAACCCAUUUCAGUCGGCUGUUAUAGAGACAGACAGUCUCGUGUGUGCAGCAGCUAUUAGAAGUGCAGAACCUCUUAUUUCUGCUUUCGGUUUGGUAGUGGACGAGUGCAAAAACAGUUUUAAUUCUUUGUCCAAUGUUUCUCUUGUGUUUGUUAAACGUUCUGCGAAUCGUGCCGCGCAUUUUAUUGCCCGCCAUUCUGUUUAUCUAGCUGAACGUAUGUUUCCCAUUAACAGUGUUCCCUCGGACUUAUUGUCUAUCCUUGCGAGCGAUUGCUCGAGUUAUUAA